UAACAUUAGUUUGGUCACACGCCGUGCGAAAGGCCGAUUUGGGAGGUGUUUGUGAAAAUAAUAAACGAAAGUGUAUAAAAUAUGAUACAUCUCACGGGACAAAACUAUAAUGCUCGUGAUAUAAUUAAAAACAUAUUCUCACCCCUCAUUGGUGUGCUGAGCAGCAACCAGGCCGAUGAGAUUUGCCAUCGCAACAAUUUGUCCUUUGUGGAGCUGCUGCAGCCUUUCGCUAAAUUGCCCAAUGACGCACACUUUCGAGAUGUGUCCGGCACCAGCGUUUCGGUGCGCGGCUUGCGACUCAAUUUCUGCGAUGUGGAGUGGCGUCCACCACAAACGGUGCUGGCACGUAAAAUGCUUAAUGAGUCGGUGACCAAUGCACACAAUGACAAGACCAAGGUUGCAACAAUUGCUGACAUCGAUCUGGAGCUGCCCACAUCAGAGCCAUGGUUUGAGCAAUGGCGUGAAACCUUUUUAACUGUGCAAUUUCCAGCCGAGCACGAGUUCACCAGACAUUUGUUGAGCUGUCUGCUGGUUUUGUCUAGUGCCGAUCCGCAGAUUGUUGAAACCGCCCAGAAGUUGACGCAGCGCGUACAGCAAAUGCAAAGCAUAACGCCACAAAAAUUGCCCAAAUGGUUUCAGCCCACCGAUGUGCUCAACAGCUAUGUUGUGCUGCAUGAGGCUAGCCAAGGAGAUCUGUCCAAGGCACAGCAGGGCUUCGAGCUGCUGAAAUCCACAUUUGGUGACAACAAAUGCUUUCUGGUGUCCAUCAACUCACAAGAGACAAAUACCAUCAGCGACAUUCCAGACCAUUGGACAUCCUACAUUAAACGACAGCCAAAAACCGAUCCCAUGACCUCAAGUGAGCUAAGUGCGCCGAAAUCGCCACAAGAAGCGGUGUCGGUGAUCAGCAUGCCAGCUAUGCAAAUGUCACAGUUGCUGGACGGGGCUGCGGCACAGGAAAAUGAUCUCACCAUGCUACAUCCAUUGAGUCCCAUGCAGGAGAGCGCCACCGAAGCCAUUAACUCAAAGUUUAGCAUCAGCACCGAAAGCAUUGCGUCGCAGACGAUCAAUCCUAAUGUGUGGGCAAACGAUUUGGAUGCAGAUGCGCCACAUGGACGUUGUCUAGCUGCGCGUGAUGUGGACAAUUUGCGACACUUUGUGCAGGAUUAUGCGGUGCGCGCCUUAAUACCGUAUAUCGAGCAUUUGGUGGCCAUACUCAGCGAGGGUGUCACAAAUAAAAAGGGUGUUAGCAAAUCGCUGUUGAGUGCCACCAAACGUUGGUUUGUCACCAGCAAACCGGGCGCCGGCACCAACAAUCAAAAUGCUGUCAUAUAUACCAACGAAUCAGCUGAGUUGCAAACACGCAAGCUGGGUGAUCUGUACUUUAUGUUUGGACACUACAACUUGGCAUUUCAGUCGUAUCACCAGGCAAAACGGGAUUUUAAUGCCGACUCCGCUUGGCAGUACUAUGCUGGUGCCUUGGAAAUGGCGGCGUUAUCUGCGUUUAUGCUGGGCACAGCGCAUCGCAAAACUUACGACUACAUGGAAGAUGCCAUCAUGUGCUAUUUAACAGUCUGCAAACUGCAACAGUUUGCGACGCGCGCCACUUUGUUGAGCAUGGAGUGCCUCAAGACGGCGCGUCUUUAUAGCGAGGUGGCCAAGCAACUCAUACGCAUGACCAGUGAGGAGUCGGAUUUACGUUCAGCCUUGUUGCUAGAGCAGGCGGCGUACUGUUUUCUUGUUACCCAUCCGCCCAUGCAUCGCAAGUAUGCGUUCCAUAUUGUGCUUGCCGGGAAUCGUUAUUCGCGUGCGGGGCAACGCAAGCAUGCUUAUCGUUGCUAUCGCCAGGCGUAUCAGGUGUUCCAGCAGCGGCAAUGGAGCUUGGCCGAGGAUCACAUUCAGUACACGGUCGCCAAGCAGGCGUAUAUGCUGAAGCAACUGGAGGAAGCAAGUCGCUCCUUUGCUCAUUUAUUACGCCCUGGCAGCUUGCAGAGCGCCCAGCAGCAGAGCAGCUUCCUGAAAGAGUACAUUUUAACGCAGAAUGAACUACUCAAACGGAGUCCUGAAUUGGGACUACUGCCACAUGCCUUGCCCCAAGUCGUGCAAUCUUCUGUUCGCGUGUUGACAUUGGUGCAGCCGCCCAGCGCACAACCACCUCAAGUGCCAGCAAGCAACAUUGACAUUAACUCAAAUUUAACUGCCGACGAGGCGAUUUGGCACAAGAUCGAGGAAAUGCUGGUCAUCACAGCCGCCUCCAAUAAGCCGUUUGUGUUUAAGCCAUCGCGUUAUUUGUUCACCAAACAGCAGCCGGCUACAGAGUGUCCGCUGGCCGUGCAGGGUGAACCCAUUGAGCUAGCCGUGACGCUCUCCAACAGUGUACGCUGUCCCAUUGCGUUGUCGGACAUAGAUUUGCUGUGGCGCCUUACGCUGGACAACGAAGAGGUGCUCUCAAAUCAGUGUGUAUACGAGCAAUCGUCGGACAGCGCCAGCAAACUGGCAGUUAGUGCUGCUAUUAAGACCAGUUGCGUGGCCUCUUUGGAUCUGGCGGAACAGGCUGAGCAACUGUUGCACUUUAAGUUAACACCCAAGCUGACGGGUCGCUUAUCUAUUUUGGGUGUUAUCUGCCGUGUGGCAGCCAAGGCGGAGCCAACAGCCAGUUUACUGGGUCUUUUGCAGUUUGAAACGCAACGCAUUAAGCCCACGGCGGCCAAACAAUCCUCACAAACGUUGUUGGACAGCAGGCUAAGCAUAAAGCUGGUGCCACAAGUUCCAGCAUUAUGUGUCAGCUUUAGUCCAGUCCCAGCUGAAUUGCUGGCUGGCGAAAUUGUGCCUGUUUCCAUAACGCUACGCAAUUUGGGCAUUUCUCCAAUUGAGGAAAUCUACUUGGGUUGCGAUAAUCCGCGAUGUUUGACGCUGCUCGAUCAGCAGCAGACGGAACUGCCCCUGACCAUGAUGAGCUCGCUGCGUGAUCUAUCAAAUGACAAGCUGGUGAAAGACAAGGAAAUACGACGCCAACGCGUGUUUCGUCUACUGCAGCGUCCUGGACUGGCUGCUCUUGAUGCUCAACAGGGUCACACUAUAUCCAUGUGGUUACAGGCACCGCAUGUCGCUGGCGCAUUUACUCUGCGUCUUCUCUUUUAUUACGCACUGCCGGCAUCGGUUAAUGCCCACAUUAAGUAUCGCUUGGUGCGUCACAUUUGGCAAGUUCAAGUGCAAAGCUGUUUGCAAGCUGAUGCUACCUGUGUGAUCAGCAAUGCGGUGAACCGUGAAUUGGGACUCGAUGUCAGCUUACGAAAUGUGCACGCUGCGCAAUCAACCGAGGUCUACAUCAAUGCAUUAUCCUUGUACUCCAAGGAUUAUGCAUUGAAGCCUAAUAACUUGUACAUCAUGAAUAACAUGGAGAUUUGCCCUGGUCAGGCUGGCAAUCGUUGCCUAAAGUCGGCGAAAUGUUGCAGCUUUCAAUGUCGCAUGCAGCCGAAGGACGAAGAACAAUUGCAGGAGAAACCCAACCUUAAAACGUUGCUGCGAACGCGCCUUUCACGCCUGGAUGUGAUGCCGGCACAGCAAUUGGAACAGCACGCACCCCAACUGCAGGAACCGCACAGUUUUCUAAGUAACGAGGAAACCGUUUUCUUUAAUACCAACAUAAGCACAGAAGAAUUUAAUGCCAGUAUCGCUACCUACGUGCCACAUGCCACAGUCGCACUCAGCUGGAGUGCUCUGACGCGAAAGGAUGAUGUGCAAAGGGUUGCAAGUGGUGUGCACUUUAUAAAGCUCUUCAAUCUCUACGAAACGGGUAGCUGCCCAGCUGUUGGAGAGGCUUUACUCAGACGUCGACCAUCCACAGAUGAGACACACCAUAGACGUGAGUUUCAACUGCCUGAAGAUGUGGGUAACGAAGCAGCGAGUGAGCCUCUUGCCGAUGAUGAUGUGGCUGAUUUUUGGGAGCCAAACGAACAUUAUGUGUCGCAACGCUGCAUAUUGGAAGAUGAGAGUUUUGUGUUGUCAGCCAGAGCCUGAAAUCUGAAA